ACCAAAACUACGGUGACAGGUUGUCAUGGAAACACAAGCGCCCGGAUCGACAUUCCAAGUUUGUCCUUAAAGAAGUUAAAAGUUUCAAUUUAAAGUUGAUUUAGCUGCGUUUGAUAACAGGUAUUUUAAAAGUAUAAUUCUGGAGUUAAAAUGACUUUAUGUUCUUUGUGGAAAAUAUUAAAAUUAAUAAGUAGUUUGUAGUUCAGCUCCCUUCCUAGCAUGCUAACGGUAGAUGGCAGCUUCGCGCUGUGUUCACUUGUUGUCCCUGGAUGGAGCUAGGCUAGCUGAGCUCCUUUAAACUCUCCUGACUGUGUCAGUGUGUCGCUUUGGAUAAUGAAGCAGGAUACAGACUGAAGAGCCUCUGCGUGUGGAACAGAGGAAACCCACAGCUCCUUUCUUUUUUCACCUCUUACCAAACUAACCCUGAAAGUCUCCCUGAGUGAUUCCUGAGAGGAGAAACAUGAAGUCUGCGCUGCGUUAACCUCGAGGAGCUCUCCUGUUCACCGGUUCAUCAACAAGUUGAAUCCCCAGAGCUGGCAAUAGCUGAUGGGUUUGGAGAUUACAGAUACACUGAUUGAACACAACAUGCUUUAAGAGUGGAACAAUAUCAGACUUGGACAACCAAUUUCAUUACGUGGAUCACCAUCCAUCACCAUGGACACUGAGGGUUAUAAAAGUGACCAACACUACACAGAAACAGAGAGACUUUGGCAUGUGAGGCAAAAGUCAGAGGAUCUGGAUCUGAGGAGCAGAGAUGCUGAGGUCUGCAGCCUGGUGGAAGUUUUUCUUUCAGGAGGAGCACCUUGGGGAUUUACACUCAGAGGGGGGCUGGAACAUCGAGAACCUCUGCUCAUAACCAAGGUCGAAGAGGGCAGCAAGGCCGCAGCUGUGAGUCUCCAGGUGGGAGACGAGCUUGUCAACAUCAACGAGAUUCCCCUGAGCGGCUUCAGGCAGGAGGCGAUCUGCCUGGUGAAAGGCUCCCACAAGACCCUCAGCCUGGUGGUGAAAAGGCGGAAUGAACCCAUAAGCAGGCCUCACUCCUGGCACUCCACCAAGUUCAACGAAAACCAAUCAGAGGCUGCCAAAACUCAGUCUCCACCCACAGCAGUCUGGCACACCAGAUAUGAUGCGAGCUCUUCUUCAAACGAUCUCUCUUCCGGCUGGGAGCAGACAAACCUGUGCAGAGUGUCCGACCAGUUCAGCUCUCAUGGCAGCAUGGACAGCCUAGAGCAUGUUUCACACCCGUACCCUGCUGGUCAGUUGUCACCUGCCAAGUCCAACAACAGCAUGGAGCAUCUGGGAGGAGGGAAGAGAGACUCCGCCUACAGCUCCUUCUCCACCAGCUCUGGGACCCCAGACUACACCCUUUCAAAGAGCAACACGGCCUCCACAGAGAACAUGCUCUAUAAGUUCAGUCAGUGGGACUCAGGAGGAAAGCACAACAACGGCAGAAACGGCCAGGGCCUGAUGGACGGAGCCAAACAGGACGACAGGGUGGCGUACUUUCAGAUUCCAGGUGUCGGCACCGGCUGUGAGGGUCCACAGACCGAGGACUCGCCUGGAUCCCGCCAUUCCACUUCAAGUCGUACUAGCUGUGGACCUGUUUGGCAUGUGCCUGAGAAGAAGAAGACUGCUUCCCCCUCUCCUCCACCUCCUCCUCCACCUGCUCGCAGUGACAGUUUUGCUGCAACAAAGGUACACGAAAGGGGGCUCGUUGUCGCCCACCCCGAAGGAACUGAGUCUUACAUCCCUCCGAAGGCUCCCACCGAAAACCGCUCGGGCCACAAACUGUCCCCCAAAAAUGACAGUGACAGCUUUUACACUUCUGAGAAAUCAAAUCAGUUCAACUCUAACAAGCAGUACUCUCUGUCCAGCAGUGAUGUCCGGCAGGGCCAGCCCCACCACCAGAGGCACCACAGUGACAAAAGCACUUUUCAUCCUCAGCCCUGGGUUACAUCUGCACCCAAGCCACAGAACGUAGGUGGCUACUAUAGUAGUCUGCAGGAACUGCCCACUAACGGUUCUGUUCAGCACCUUGGUCAGAACCAGAGACGUAACCCAAGCACCUCACCCACUGACCCAAACACUGACAGCAGUGGGUCCAGCCGAUACUACUGCGUCACUACGUGUCAGCCCACACAGCUGAGCCUGCAGCCCCUGUCAGGAAAACCAGAGGACAGGAGGGGGGUCACAGGGGCCGACCUGACACAGACUGCAAGUGAGCGUAACUCUCUCAGCCCACAGACUGUGACUAAAGUGAAGUAUCAGCUGCCCCAACCACAGCAACACUCCUCAACCUCUCACAUCAAAGACAGCAAUGGAUACAGCAAGCACCAAGUCUCCUCUGUACCUAAAACCAGCCAUGAUGAUCAGAGAGGACACAACACACCCCCCGCAGAGGCUCAGUUCAUGAGUUAUCCUCCGAGCAGACACUCGGAACAGAGAAGGUCUCUGCAAGUGCAAAACAGAGAAUUACCCCAAGACAUGAGACAUCCAAACAACAAAAUCUGCCCUCAGGUGACCCCCAUGCUUCACUCUCUGUCUCUGGACGCCGCAGGCCAAGACCACAAAACAAGAGCCCCGGACUCUGAGGAGUCUCUGGAAGGCAAGCAGGUGAGACGCAGCGAGCGCUUUGCUACCACGCUGAGGAACGAAAUCCAGAUGAGAAGAGCCAGGCUGCAGAAGAGCAUGAGUGCAGCCACACUUCCUGGCACUGAGGGUGAGACUGAAGGUGAUCAGGAUGUCUGGAAGUCAUCUGAAAGCACCACCCCAGCCUCCACAGGGAGCCCCUUCACCAACUCCUACAAGGAUAACCUGAAGGAAGCACAAGCAAGGGUGCUUAAGGCUACAUCAUUUAGGAGGAAAGACCUGGAGCCUGUGUUACUGGAGCAUCCCACACCUGAGACUCUACCUAAUUAUGCAUCCUCAGGACUGGCCCGUAAAGACAUCCCCCCUUUGCCAACUGUGGCAGAGUCUGUGGUGAGUAAAUCUGGACCUGCAGGAGGACAGGUGUCUCGCAUUGGUAGCCGUAAACGCUUUCCUGCAGAGAAGAAGGUGAGGUCUUUCUCAGAACCAGACAAAAUCCAUGAGGUUGGAGUGAAGGAGGAUCUACAGCAAAAUGAAAACGCAACACCCUCACAGGACCAAGAGAUGCUCUACAAAGAGCCAGCUUUCCCUAACCCCCUUCCGCCACAGAACUAUACUGACAUCCCCACAGAGCCCAAGACCCAAAGUCCGGGCUCCAACAGUGACACAGAAGACAUAAAUAGAAACCUGAAGAGCAGAGAGUACACUGAGGUGGUUCAGGGGGGUCCUCUCUCUGCACACAAGUUGUCGGUCUUAGACCAGCAAAGACUCGGCACCUUUGCUGAGUACGAGGCAAGGUGGAGUAUACAGAAGAAAAACCCUGAGACCAGAGCCUCCGGGCGGUACCGGUCAGCUGAUAACAUCCUGGAUCCUGGAGCAGAGGACAAAAACAAAACCACAUGUUUCCACGAGAGAUCCAGAUCGUCUCCGUCAGCUGACUUCUAUGGACAGAAAAUUCAAGUUCCUGCAAGAACGUCUGAGGCUGGAUUUACACAGACGGAGAGGGAACCUGCUGAGCAGCUCAGCACGGCCACACGGUUCUCUGACAGAGGGCCCGGAGACUGCAGAGUACGAGAGAAGUCGGUGGAGUUUGAACACUUCCAAGCACCGCCCCCUCCACCCAUGACAGGAGCCAACCCUGACAGCAGACACAGAGCUGCCCCUGCACCCCUGAACCACAGACCCUCAUCUAUCUCCCACAACCUCACAGAGUCCGCCCCCGCUAAGUACGAGGACCCCACCGAGCCCAGGAAGAAGCCCCCUGUGCUGGCUCCCCAACGUCCCAGUUACCCAGAGGUCAAGUCCCACGAGUCCUCCAGCGGUUCCCAGAGUGAAAUCCUCACCCACUGCCCUCCUCACGCUGCCUUUGCCCCCGCCCACUCUGCGAAGGCAAAUUCUGAGCAGGGCAAAGGGCUCGUGGACAAAGGACAAGGGGCAGUGCAUCAACAUCUGUCAACAUCCAAUCCUCAGCCUGCCUCCUCUCCCCCGGCUUCCUCCCACAGACCUCCUGGGCCAGCCACCAUGGAGGGGCAGCGCUCCCCGUCGCCACAGUUCUCCCCUCAAAGACUCAGCGACAGACCUCCGCUCUCUCUGCAGGAUGAAGACACAAACAGGAUGGAGCACGUGAUGGAAAACCAAACCUCUGCUGGGAAGAAAGUUCCCAUCAGGAUCGUCCACUCAGAGGAAUCCACGGAGAAGGAGAACGGUCCGUUUUUGAGGCACAGUGACCCUCCUGCUGCCGAGGCCGAGGGUCCCGGUGUGACCAGGCUCUGUGGUCUGGGUGCAGCAGGGCAGGACUCUGUUUUCUGUGCCUUCAGUCGGCAGAGAGAGCCCGACAUUCAGACGGACCCUCAGCCCCAGAGAGACACGUACAUGACGACUGUCAGGGAUCUCAUUUCCUCCGACAGUCAGCAGCAGCCGCCGCAGCCCACAGACCAGCCGGGGAGUAACAGGGUAACCACAGGAACCACAGGACCGUCUGACGAGGACCAGAAGAGGGAGGAGCUGGCCCGGGACAUCAUGGGAAAGGAUAAAUCACUGGCGGAUAUUCUAGACCAGAGCAAGAUGAAGACUACCAUGGACCUGAUGGAGGGGAUCUUUCCUCAGGGCGAGCAGCUGCUGGAGGGGGCUCACCAACGCAAGAAGGCGCCGACCAAACAGACGGGGAACCGGCCCGCUGAGGAGAGAGAAAAAGAGGACAGUAUGGCUGCAGCUAAUGCCAUGGUGACCAGCUCUACAUAUUACAGCACCUCUGCUCCCAAAGCUGAACUUCUCAUCAAGAUGAAGGACAUGCAGGAGGAGGAGGAGGAAGACUCUGAGGACGAGCUGGAUAUCGACCUGGCCAACAAGAAGCAAGAGCUGAUCGACAGCCUGAGCAAGAAGCUGCAGGUGCUGCGGGAGGCGAGGGAGAGUGUUCAGGAGGACGUCCUGGACAACAACGCUCUGGGGGAGGAGGUGGAGGCUCAGGUGCAGCAGGUGUGCAAACCAAACGAGCUGGACAAGUUCAGGAUGUUCGUGGGAGACCUGGACAAGGUGGUGAGCCUGCUGCUGUCUCUGUCGGGGCGUCUGGCCAGAGUGGAGAACGCCCUCAACAGUCUGGAGGAGGACGCCACGGCUGAGGAGAGGCGUACGUUGAUGGAGAAGAGGAAGCUCCUGAUCCGCCAGCACGAAGACGCCAAGGAGCUGAAGGAGAACCUGGACCGUAGGGAGCGCGUGGUUUACGAGAUCCUGGGCAACUACCUGCAGGAGGACUGCCUCACAGACUACGAGCACUUUGUCAAGAUGAAGUCGGCGCUCAUCAUCGAGCAGCGCAAGCUGGAGGACAAAAUCAAGCUGGGUGAGGAGCAGCUCAAGUGUCUGACGGACAGCCUGCCCUUAGAGCAGAGGCUGGCUUUCUGAACAGUGGGACCGCGUUGAACCCCUGAUGUGAGAAGACUUUGAUGUUGCUCCAAGUUGCAGUUGAGCGCAGCGUCCAGCAGAGGGAGACAGAGAAUCUGCAGAGGCAAACAGCCGGCUGCGUGUUCUGACAUUUCACUUCUUCACAUCUUCUGCCAUAACAACACGUGGAUCUAAAGCGUCCAUAAGAGACUCCCCUGUGAACGAUGCUGCUUAUCUUUGCAUCACACUUCCCCUGUAUCUAACGUCUAUCACGCCAUGUUUGAUUUUGUUUUUACUUGUGCUUGUUUUUUUUUUUUAGUAAUUUAUUGUAGCCUUUUGAAUCUGCAAAGGAGGGGGACAGUAUUUUAUCUUCAUCUGAUUUCAGCAGCCACCGGACGUGUGAGCAUCUCUGAGUAUUUAUCAUGUUUGAAUACUCACACACCCUGAAAACUGUCUGCGUCACAAUCCGGCCCAUUAUUUCAAUAAACACAGAUCUAUGUGGUUACCAUGUAAACAUAAAAUAGUGGCCUUUUUUUACCUAGAUGUUUGUGCCCUCGCUGUCCUCACUGAAGUAAGAGAAGUUAGUGAAUGUUCCUGUGAGGAGGAGCCGGCCGUUUUUAAAGAGCACUUGUGUUCAACUUCACCAAACAGAAGAAACCAGCAGCACUUCACCUCAGCUGGAGUGAGAUCCACGUUUGAAGUGCCUGUGGAGUCACUGCCAUCACUGUCCAUGUCUCAUUCAAGAACUCUGCCACGUAUACGCUGACUGAGUCUUUCUGUAUUUUCUUAUAACUUCACUGUGUUUUGUUAUCCACGGUGCAGAUGUUGAAUGCAUAGCUACCACCGCUGUAAAUUUCGUCACUAGAAUCACGUCCAGGUCCAUUUUGCAGCCACGUAUGGAGAUAUAUUGUUGCCAACUUUGACCAGAUUGGGUCCACGUUUUCAGACUGUUUGGAUAAAGCAGUCUCAUAAAGGUUAACUGAAUUAGAGGAUGUUUGUUCUGCACAUUAGUUUCACACGCUUCAUGCACUGCUACAGCCUGACUCUCUAACACUUUACCAGCUGUGCUCCUUUAUAUCAAAUAAAGAGUCUGCUGGAACCACG